GGCCGCGGGCCGCCGGCGCCAUGUCCGGCUGUAGCACCUGCGCCGCUGCCGCGCGGCUGCUCGGCUCCUCGCUGCCCUCGGCGCACAGAGCUUCCAGGCACAACCCCCACUCCCCUCUUCAGGCAUCGGGAGAGCCUUUUUUGGAGCAUGUGGUUCUUAACUUAAGGGCCUGCACCGUGUAUCAGGGGCUGCGAAAUCUCAGCUAAACCUUGCACAAAGAAGCCGACUCCCGCGCUGGUCCCGUUUCUGGUUCUUGUGGCCAGUCCUGCUCCAGCCAAAAGCUUUUCACGUUGCACAAUGUUGGUAGGACCCUUAGUCCGGCGCUUCCCGUGGUUCGAAGGGCCGCUGUCAGCCUGCUUAUAUCAUCCUGAACCCCUUGUGGGAGAAAAGAUGAGCUUAACAGCAUGCUCUGAAGGCCAAACAAGCAGGUGUCUCUGCGACCAAGAGGAGAGAUCAGAAUGCAUUUUACCACCUUGGGCAUCUCACUUAAUGUGCUGUGUCGACUACAUGCCACCUCUUCUGUCAAGUGCAGGUAUUACUUGUGGUCGCAGUCGUCUCCCUGUUUUAAGAAGACUUGGAGCCUUUGAAACGCGUUCUUUAAGAAGAGUUCCCUUUAGAUGUUUUUCUGAAACACCAGCAUACUUUGCUUCAAAGGAUGGUGCAAGCAAAGAUGGCUCUGGGGACGGCAAUAAGAAAUCUGUCAGUGAGGGAGGCAGCAAGAAGUCAGGUUCUGGAAACUCUGGGAAAGGAGGAAACCAGCUGCGCUGCCCAAAGUGUGGUGACCUGUGCACGCAUGUGGAAACCUUUGUGUCUUCCACUCGUUUUGUGAAGUGUGAAAAAUGUCACCAUUUUUUCGUUGUGCUGUCGGAGGCAGACUCCAAAAAGAGCAUAAUUAAAGAGCCGGACUCGGCAGCAGAAGCUGUGAAGUUGGCAUUCCAGCAGAAGCCACCUCCUCCACCGAAAAAAAUUUAUAACUACCUCGACAAGUAUGUUGUUGGGCAGUCAUUUGCCAAGAAAGUGCUUUCAGUUGCUGUGUAUAAUCAUUACAAAAGAAUCUACAACAAUAUUCCUGCUAACCUGAGACAGCAAGUAGAAGUUGAAAAGCAAGCUUCUUUAACACCUAGAGAAUUAGAAAUAAGAAGACGGGAGGAUGAGUACAGAUUUACAAAACUGCUGCAGAUUGCUGGAAUCAGUCCACAUGGUAAUGCUUUAGGAGCAUCAAUGCAACAGCAAGUGAAUCAGCAGAUGCCUCAGGAGAAACGUGGAGGCGAAGUACUAGAUUCACCCUAUGAUGACAUAAAGCUUGAAAAAAGUAAUAUUUUGCUGCUUGGACCAACUGGGUCAGGCAAAACCCUGCUGGCUCAGACCUUAGCUAAAUGCCUUGAUGUACCUUUCGCUAUCUGUGAUUGUACCACCUUGACUCAAGCUGGCUAUGUUGGUGAAGACAUUGAGUCCGUCAUUGCAAAGCUACUGCAAGAUGCCAACUAUAAUGUAGAAAAAGCCCAGCAAGGAAUUGUUUUUCUGGAUGAAGUAGAUAAGAUUGGCAGUGUGCCAGGCAUUCAUCAGUUACGGGAUGUAGGAGGAGAAGGCGUUCAGCAAGGCUUGUUAAAGUUACUAGAAGGUACAAUCGUAAAUGUUCCAGAAAAGAAUUCUCGUAAGCUGCGUGGUGAAACGGUGCAGGUUGAUACAACGAACGUCCUCUUUGUAGCUUCUGGUGCUUUUAACGGUCUGGACAGAAUUAUCAGCAGGAGAAAAAAUGAAAAGUAUCUUGGUUUUGGGACACCCUCUAAUUUGGGGAAGGGCAGAAGGGCUGCAGCAGCAGCUGACCUUGCUAACAUAAGUGGGGAGACAGACACGCAGCAAGACAUUGAAGAAAAGGAUCGCCUGUUGCGCCAUGUUGAAGCUCGAGAUCUCAUUGAAUUUGGCAUGAUUCCAGAGUUUGUGGGACGUUUGCCUGUGGUGGUUCCUUUGCACAGCCUAGAUGAAAAAACACUCGUGCGGAUUCUUACUGAGCCACGAAAUGCGGUGGUUCCUCAGUACCAGGCAUUAUUCAGCAUGGAUAAGUGUGAAUUAAAUGUGACUGAAGAUGCACUGAAAGCCAUAGCCAGACUGGCUCUGGACAGGAAGACUGGUGCAAGAGGCCUUCGAUCUAUAAUGGAGAAGUUGUUGUUGGAGCCCAUGUUCGAAGUACCGAAUUCUGAUAUUGUAUGUGUGGAGGUCGACAAAGAUGUUGUAGAAGGCAAAAAAGAGCCAGGAUACAUUAGGACUCCGACUAAAGAUUCAUCCGAGGAAGAGUAUGACUCCGGAGUUGAAGAGGAAGGCUGGCCUCGUCAAGCAGACGCUGCAAACAAUUAAGUACUGUCAAAAGGCUCUCCUGCAUAAAGCACACUUGGUUAUUACAAGAUCAUACUGGGCUUUACAGUCUGACACUAAAGGCGUUGGAUCUAUCCGGCAUAUGAUACAUGGUCAAAAAACUUGCAGUUAAAUAAAUCAGAUCAUGUAUUUAUUGUAUCAUCACAUUGAUUUUUCUUCAUUGGACAUUAUUUGGACUUUGGUGGCAUAAUGUCGAGUAUAAAUUGUACGUUAUUUUUGUUCAGUUUGAAAAAAAAAAAAAAAGCUCUAACAAGCUUGGCAACACCUGGGUUGUUUUCUGGAACUAAACCCAAUGCAGUUAUUGCCAACAGCUAAAAAAACUUUUAUGGUAAUAUUACUCUACAAAUGGGAAAACAAGCUUAAUAUUAACUAGAGGAUAGAUAAACUAUGAAUUCGUCUUAUAAUUCACUUGGGUUAAGUUCAGGUCAGUGUUAAGUUUCUGUUCAUUUUCAGAACCAAAUGGGUGCUGGAGGGAUUUGUUACAUUUGUCUUGAGACAUGCCCUAAACUGGAUUUUCCAAACCUCAGAUACUGCUUUAUGACCCUUUUCUGCAAGUCUGCUAAAAUGUAACACAUUUACAAUAAUUGGAUACAAUAUCUAAUGCCAUUUCCUAACUUCUUUACCUUGCCAUUAGCUAUAGGUUUAACAGAGCAUCUGGAAUACUGAGAGAGCCGGUGAAACCUGCUGGAUUUGUGGAGGACGGUGAAGAUGUAAAGGCAGUGGGAUAUACCAUGUUGGCAUAACGUUUUAAAAUAUUUAUGUUCUAAUACAUGCAUUUUGUUCGAAUUAUCGGAACUAUUGUGCAUCAAUUUUUUGGUGCCAGAUAUUUGCCCAACCUUAUCUUCUUAUAACAUUAAGAGAUGAAGACAGUAAAGUUAUUGUAUAAUAAUUUUGAUGUAAUCAAUAGUGACUGUACACAUGACCAUGCUUUUUUAAAGUUACACGCUUAAAUGCUGGUGUUGCAUCUUGUGUUUUUGUCUCUUGAUUUUUAGAUUUGCAGCAAAGCAAAGACCCUUGAUUUCUGUUUUACACCCAAAUAAAUUUAAUAAUCCUUUAGGAAAGUGUUUGUGAAAACUCUAAAGGACUUGUAUGGCUUUUGAUUCAUUUAAAAAAUUAAAAUGGUUAUCUACAACUGCUUUAUUCUUUACAGUGAUAUGUGAGUCUAGCUUUUCCUAAGUCCUGUUCCUGAAUUUUGAUUCAUACUUGCUAAUGAAAACCUUCAUUACCAUUUUUAGUCUAGUAAUAGCAGUAAAAGUUUUUGGUACUAUUGAUUUUUAUUGGUCCUAGUCCCCAUUGUCUCAUGAAUAGUUUAGGGUUUAACAUUUAAAUAAGAAAGUCAUGUCAUACUUUAUGUGCUUUUAGAAAACAGAUAUAGUAAACAUGACUUUAAACCAGAUGCAGCAGAUGUUUUUCUCUUUCUGGUCACAGGUCAGAAAAGGCUACUUUCAAAGCUCAGGAAAGAUUCAGGUGAUCGGUUUAACCUAGCGUAAACUCUCUGACUUCCAGUAUCUGUAACUUAGGUAUCCUAUCCUCCUUUUCCUUUUUGUAGAGUGAAAAGUAAAAUGGCUUUUAAUUCUGUUAGAAAUUACCUUUUUUCCUCCAAACGGACUGAAGGCCAUUUUAAUGAAAACCAUCAAACAACUUAGUUUUGAAAGUUGUUGAGAAAUGUGUAAUCAAGAAAAGUUUUUACAGAAACAAAAUGCUGUGUAACUACUCUUUGUACUUCCAAACCAGCUUUGGCGUUUGAAUAAAACAGCAGAUAUUCAUGAA